GUCACAGUCUAUAUUGUCUCAAGUAGUUGGAUACACAACCUCUCAUCAAGUAUGAAAUGCACUUGAGAGAAGGUUUUCAUCUCAAUCUAGAUCUAACAUACUGCAGUUGAAGACAAAUCUUCAAACAAUCAUGAAAGGUAAAGAUUCUGUUGAUACUUAUGUUCAGAAGAUAAAAGUGGCUAGAGAUAAGCUAGCUGCUGUUUCUGUAUUUGUUGAAGAUGAGGACAUCCUCAUAUAUACACUAAAUGGACUUCCAACUGAAUUUGGGGCUUUUCGCACAACCAUAAGAACCAGAACUUAGUCAAUUUCACUAGAAGGCUUGCAUGUUCUUCUUAGGGCUGAAGAACUUUCAAUAGAGAAAGAUUCAAAGUCUACACAAGCUCAAUUUCUUCCUACUGCAAUGAAUGAUUCACAGAAUAAGUCUUCAAAUCAGUCUGGAAGAGGUAGAAAUUCGGGCUGCCCAGGAAACAACAGAGGACGUGGAUACAACAAUCGAGGAGGACAAUCCAAUCAAUAUGUCAGAAACAACUCUCAGAACUAUUAUAACCAGCAGUAUUCUCAGCAGAAUUAUUCUUCACAACCUUGUUGUGGUCAAACAUCAAACAACUCUUCUAUACGUCAUUCUUACUCUCAGACACCAUUGUUCUUUCAGAUCUGCAACAAAAGAGGUCACAUGGCUAUAGAAUGUUAUCAUCGCUUGGAUUAUGCAUAUCAAGGCCGUAAUCCUUCUCCUCAACUUUCUGGAAUGACUGCUUCAGCAGGAUCUCCAAUUCCAAAUCAGUGGCUUACUGAUACUGGAGCAUCUCAUCACAUCACUUCUGACUUAGCAAAUCUGCAGAUUCACAGUCCAUACUGUGGCGAGGAUAAGAUUUCAGUAGGCAAUGGACAGGAACUUAAAAUUAUUCAUUCAGGUCAAUCUAUUCUAAAUACUACUUCUCCUUUUAAACUUACCAAUAUUCUUUGAGUUCCAUCCAUUUCUACCAAUCUCUUAUCUGUUGAGCAGUUUUGUGCAGAUAACAACUGUGUUUUUCUUUUUGAUACUGAUUCCUUUGUGAUUCAUGACA